CGGGACCAAAGUUGUCCGCCCCAACCGCGCGAUGGGCUCCGAGGUGGCCCAGCUGCUGGAGGCUGCGGACUUCGCUGCUCGCAAGCACCAACGGCAGCGGCGGAAAGACCCCGAAGGGACCCCCUAUAUCAACCACCCUAUCGGUGUGGCUCGGAUCCUGACCCAUGAGGCGGGAAUCACUGACAUUGUGGUGUUACAGGCAGCUCUACUCCAUGACACGGUAGAGGACACAGACACCACCCUGGAUGAGGUGGAGCUCCACUUUGGGGCUCAAGUGCGGCGUCUGGUGGAGGAGGUGACAGAUGAUAAGACUCUGCCCAAGCAGGAGAGAAAGCGGCUGCAGGUGGAGCAUGCACCUCACAGCAGCCCUGGGGCCAAACUGGUGAAGCUGGCAGACAAGCUGUAUAAUCUGAGGGACCUGAACCGCUGCACUCCAGAGGGAUGGUCUGAAUACCGAGUCCAGGAAUACUUCGAGUGGGCAGCACAGGUGGUGAAGGGUCUUCAGGGAACAAACCCACAGCUGGAAGAGGCUCUAAAGCAGCUGUUUAAGGAGCGGGGGCUGACACUCUGAGCAGUGCUUGGAGCCAUCUGGUGGCACAGACUCCAUCCUUGCUCAGACCAGAGAAGACUCAUACUCCAGCUUUUGCUUUUUGGUACCUCCCAAGCUCCUUCCCUCGUUCGCUCAGCCCAGAUAUUAGAGACCAAAAACACUUGUCUUUUCUCACUCUGAAGAUCCCUUGCCAACUGAACCGAGCCCCAGAUUGUAAUCUCAUGCACCCCAUCUAUUUCUAAUGCAUUCACUCCCCUUCUCCAGGUCUUGGGUCUGUUUGCUAUUUUGCAUUAUGGGAUCUCUGGCCCCUCAGGGACUUGGGCUUAAAACUGCUGAUUUGAAAGUCAUUAUGCAAAAUAAAGUAUUUGGAUAAAGGUU